AUGGUGGCAUCGUCCAUCUUCAGCGGCACCUCGGUGGGCUACGACCGGCGGCCAGUCGUCAGCCACAUGCGCACCUACAACUGGCCGCCGUGGCAGCUCAACUUUUGGAUCCUCAUCAUGCUGCUGGCCUCGUGCACCAUCAUUGGCGUCUUUGCCGUCUUUACCCAGAUGCAGGCCCAGCUGGGGCUGCCGGUUCCGUGGUACUUUCCCUACUACAUCACCGUCGGCUGCCUGGCCAUCCUCUACAUCGGGGGCAUCUUCUGGCUCAUUGCGACGCGGCGCCUGCUGCCGGCCAUUGUCAUGAUUGGCGCCUUCAUGCUCUUCGUCAUGUGGCUCGUCGGGCUCGUCGUCGUGUCGAUACAGCUGUGGGGGCCCAGCGGCUCGGUGCAGAGCAACUGCAACGCCUACGUCUUUAGCCAGAACCCGACGGGCAAGACGCUCGGGACGCUGGCCUGGAUGCAGCAGAGGAAUAUCUGCCAGUCAUGGCAGCUCGUCUUUGCCAUGGGGCUCAUCGGGGCCAUCUUCCUCAUCUGGGUCAUGAUCAUGGCCUACCAAGUCUUUGUCAACUCAUGA